AUGGUGCCAACAAGUGGUCAGACAUAUGAAGCGAAAGUCUAUACCAAAGACUCUUUGGACAGAUUUGGUGAUGAUUUCUGUGGAGUUAUACUGAGUUACCUGUCAUUUGAGGGCCGAUUUAGGUAUGAAUGUGUGUCCAAACAGUGGCAGCGAUUGGUAUAUAAGUCGCAACGGGAGCUCAUUAUUAGAGACAUGUCGAGGGGACUGGUAGUGUCUAAGAAAACGGGCAAUCAGUUGUCGUAUGUAUUGAGUGGUAAUAAGAAUGAGACUUUGAGAUUUGAAUACAGCAGUGAAGUCGCGAAAGAUUUUGUGGUAUUUGUGGACAACUAUAAGGAUAUCAUGAAAUCAAUUGACGUGACUAUUGAUGGGACCUGUAAUGCAAAGUCAGUCGACAUACUGAUGACUGGUUUGUCACAAAUGCGGGCAUUAAUUGAUCUGAAGAUUAAAUGUGAGAAUAACUCAUCGCAUGAUCUAAUUGGUCACCACUUGUCACAAAUCGGUAUCAAUUGUCCCAAAAUCAAGAGUCUAUCACUUCAUGCGGACAAGGAUUGGGACAAAUCGUUUGAAAUGCUAAUGAAAACAGUGAACGAAAACUUCAAACAAUUAAAACGACUCGAAAUUAACAAAUAUUUGUUUAAAGACAUUAAACCUAAUAAUUCUGUGAAACACCCGUUGAGAGUGUGUCACCACAAUAGACACCAUCACAGCACCGGUAGUCUCAGUGUCACCACAAUAGACACCAUCCACAGCACCGGUAGUCUGAGUGUCACCACAAUAGUAUCGGUUUUAGUGAAACAAGUCGUCAAUGGAUUGCAAAGUAUUGUCUCAUAAGUGGUGAGAGGAAUGACCGCAAGAAGUAGUCAUACAAUGAAUGCACAAAAAGUCUAUCCGAAAGACUCUUUGGA